AUAUAAGAAAACAGCUGUCUUGGUCAGCGUCGUCAGUCCAUCCGUAGCCUUCGAAAUAAAUCUGGGCCUAUCAUACUGAAAAUAUGAAGCAGUACGUGUGUGUAGCUGUAGCAAUGAUGGUGUUGGCCUCUGUCAAGGCCCAGGUCAUCCCCGGGGGUGAGCACGCUGUGGAGGAGAACGACGGGAACGUUGAGGAGGCGAAACGCAUUCUCAUUCAGGAGGCGGAGAAAACCGCAAAGACUUUGGAAAACUCUCCUACAGUGGAGCUUAAGGACAUUGUCGUCAAGAAACAGACUGUCGCUGGGACCCGAUACAACUUUUCAUUCAAGGCGGUGUACACUUAUCAAGACGGAAAACAGGUCACCAAGUCUUGCACAGCCAGCCUCAUCAAGCCUCUGAGAGCUUACGACCCGACUGAAAAGAUUACAUUUAUCGAGAACCGUAACAAAGAGAAGAUACAUUGUGAAUAGUGUAAAAUGAUUUUGUAUGCGAAUACAACAAUUUACUAGUUGAAAAUAAACAAAUUAAAAAAGAA